GACGUAAUAAGCGCGGAAGGAGCUAGCCCCAAGCGGGGCGUGGUCGCGGUUUGGUGACGGAGCUCACUCCUUCUGGUUUUCCUAUCUAGAUUACCGUCGGCAAUAUGUCGGCAUACCCAAGAAGCUACAACCCUUUCGACGACGAUGUGGAGGAUGAAGACACGCGGCCGGCUGCGUGGAGGGACGCCCGUGACCUCCGGGACGGGCCCUCAGCGCCCGCGGACAGUCAACAGUACCUGCGGCAGGAAGUGCUGCGCAGGGCCGAGGCCGCCGCUGCCAGCACCAGCCGGUCUCUGUCUGUCAUGUACGAGUCCGAGAAGGUCGGGGUCGCCUCUUCUGAGGAAUUGGUCCGGCAGCGAGGAGCCCUAGAACGCACAGAGAAGAUGGUAGACAAGAUGGAUCAAGACUUGAAGACCAGCCAGAGGCACAUCAACAGCAUUAAGAGUGUGUUUGGUGGGUUCGUCAACUAUUUCAAAUCCAAACCAGCAGAGAUCCCAGCUGAACAGAAUGGUGUGAUCACUCCACAGCCCAAUAGCAGAUUGAAAGAAGCCGUAAGUGUAAGUAAAGAACAAGAAGAAAAAUACCAGGCCAGCCACCCAAACCUCAGGAAGCUGGAUAAUAUAGAUUCUCAAACUGGCACCACUGUGAGUACUGAAGCUUACCCCAAAAAAACGCACCUUCAAGCCUAUCACCAGAAGAUUGACAACAACCUAGAUGAACUGUCCAUGGGACUAGGCCGUCUGAAGGACAUAGCUCUGGGGAUGCAGACAGAAAUUGAAGAGCAAAAUGACAUUCUUGACCGACUGACAACCAAAGUGGACAAAUUAGAUAUCAAUAUAAAAAGCACAGAAAAAAAAGUCCGACAACUGUAAAGAUAGAGAAUUACCUCUACUCUAUUAUGAUGACUAUGUGAAAGCUCUUUUUCACUCUCAAGAAGAAGUUUCAUUUGUUAUUUUAACAUGUGUUUGCAAAUGUUA